GUAGCAAAAGGGUUACAUGCUUUUUCUUGUCACUUCUAAUUUGAGAUCCAGGUUACUACUGAGCUUAAAUGUUAUGAGUUAAGAGCUAGAAAGUAGGGGAAAAUACCUAGAAGCUGCGGUUCCCUUUCCAAUAGCAAUUCUCAGUGAUUUUUAUUUCUGGAAUUUCUUUUAGUCUGUGAUAAUUUGAGGACACAAAAAGUGAAGGAAAAGAAAAAGACUUUAGUUUGAGGUUAAUGGGUACCCAUCAAUCAAUCAAGCAGGAAUUGAUAAACAAAUAUGAUCUUUACAAGCACGGUUAUUCUUUCUUGUUUUCAGUAAUAUUCUUCAGCUGCUGUUGCUGUUAUCUUUAUUUUCUGGCCACAGCCCACAAGCAUAGAUUCUCUCUAUGUGCGAGUCCUCUGUCCUUGCUGUGUGCCUUAGAAAUGGAUGAAUGUGCUUUACACUGCUUGGAUUCUCUUUGCCCAUAAAAGGUGGGAGUGCUGAGAACUGUUUGUCACAGCAAGAUGAGCUAUGCACAUUGUCAUAUGGGCUCUGGUAGUAGAACUGGUAGGAGAGGUUUGGAGUUUGGGAAGACACAUGUGGUGAGGCCAAAAGGAAAACACCAAGCCACUAUAGUUUGGCUGCAUGGUCUUGGUGACAAUGGUUUGAGCUCAUAUCAGCUGCUGGAAUCUCUUCCACUUCCAAAUAUAAAAUGGAUUUGCCCAACUGCUCCUACCCGCCCUGUAACAAUACUUGGUGGUUUUUCCUGCACUGCAUGGUUUGACAUGGGAGAACUUUCAGAAGAUGGUCCAGAUGACUGGGAGGGUUUAGAUUCCUCAGCAGCACACAUUGCCAACUUGUUAUUAACAGAGCCAGCUGAUGUGAAAGUUGGAAUUGGAGGCUUCAGUAUGGGUGCUGCAGUAGCUCAAUACUCUGCAACUUGUUUUGCCAUGGGAAGGUAUGGAAAUGGCAUCCCGUAUCCAGUGAACUUAAGAGCAGUUGUUGGACUGAGUGGCUGGCUUCCUGGAUCAAUGAGCUUAAGGAACAAAAUUGAAGUGUCACAUGAAGCUAGAAGGAGAGCUGCUUCAUUACCUCUUUUGCUGGGCCAUGGAAUCAGUGAUGAUGUAGUCCUCUACAAAUACGGAGAGAAAUCAGCACAAUCCUUAAGUUCAGCAGGGUUUCGAUACAUUACAUUCAAAUCCUAUGAUGGGCUUGGUCAUUAUACUGUUCCAAGGGAGAUGGAUGAGGUCUCCAAUUGGCUUAACUCAAGGCUGGGGCUUGGGGGAUCCUCAUGAAUAACAUAACAUAACGAGUGGCUACAUCACAAAAUGGUUUUCCAGUAUAUAUAAUAUGGUAUUGGUAUAGGAGGAAUAGUCUUCUGCGUUCCUUUAGUUAUGUUGCUGAGAAAUAAAGACCUGAAUGUGUUUACCAAGCAGUAAUCUCCCUUCACAUUAUCACAGUACCUAGAGACAGGGUCAGUUGUACUGUUGGAAAGAUUUUGUUUCAAUUGUUGUAAUAUAGGGUACUUAGUAGUGUUAUUUAUCAAUUUCAGAGUGUUUUUUUCUUCCUUUUGGUGGGGUUGGGUUAGUGUAAAAUGCUUGCAUGGACUGUUGGAGCUAUAAAAUCCUGUAAACUACUUAGUAUAUGAGUUUGUUUUCAAGUAACCAA